UCGCGCCCCCGCUCGCGCCCCCGCCCCGCGCCCGCGCCAGCCAGGCAUGAACGCGGAGACGUGCGUCUCUUACUGCGAGUCGCCAGCCGCUGCCAUGGACGCCUACUACAGCCCGGUGUCGCAGAGUCGGGAGGGCUCGUCGCCUUUCAGGGCAUUCCCGGGCGGCGACAAGUUCGGCACCACUUUCCUGUCGGCCGCCACCAAAGGGCAGGCAUUCGGGGACGCCAAGAGCCGGACCCGCUACGGCGGCGCAGGGCAGCCACAGCAGCAGGACCUGGCGGCCCCGCUGGAGAGCGGCGCCGGGGCACGGGGCUCUUUUAACAAGUUCCAGCCACAGCCGCCCACCCCGCAGCCCCAGCCGCCGCCACCACCACCGCCUCAGCCACCCGCGCAGCCACCGCAUCUUUACUUGCAGCGAGGAGCCUGCAAGACGCCCCCGGACGGCAGCCUCAAACUGCAGGAAAGCGGCAGUGGCCACAACGCGGCCUUGCAGGUCCCCUGCUACGCUAAGGAGAGCUCCCUGGGAGAGCCGGAGCUACCACCUGACUCUGACACGGUGGGCAUGGAUGGCAGCUACCUCAGUGUGAAGGAGGCUGGGGUGAAGGGGCCCCAGGACCGGGCCAGCACCGACCUCCCCAGCCCGCUGGAGAAGGCUGACUCGGAGAGCAAUAAGGGCAAGAAGCGGCGGAAUCGCACCACCUUCACCAGCUACCAGCUGGAGGAGUUGGAGAAGGUCUUCCAGAAGACCCAUUACCCGGAUGUGUACGCUCGGGAGCAGCUGGCCAUGAGGACGGAUCUCACCGAGGCACGUGUACAGGUCUGGUUCCAGAACCGCCGAGCCAAGUGGAGAAAGAGGGAGCGCUUUGGGCAGAUGCAACAGGUUCGAACCCACUUCUCCACAGCCUACGAGCUGCCCCUCCUUACCCGAGCGGAGAACUACGCCCAGAUUCAGAACCCAUCCUGGAUCGGCAACAACGGGGCCGCAUCCCCAGUGCCAGCCUGCGUGGUCCCCUGUGACCCUGUGCCCGCCUGCAUGUCCCCUCAUGCUCACCCUCCUGGCUCGGGGGCCAGCAGCGUCCCUGAUUUCCUGAGUGUCUCAGGGGCCGGCAGUCACGUUGGCCAGACACACAUGAGCAGCCUGUUCGGAGCGGCAGGCCUCAGCCCAGGCCUCAACGGCUACGAGCUGAACGGCGAGCCUGACCGCAAGACAUCCAGCAUUGCAGCCCUGCGCAUGAAGGCCAAGGAGCACAGCGCUGCCAUCUCGUGGGCCACAUGACAGGGUCCCUUCUGCCCCGUCCCCCCGCCCUGCCCGCCGCCGCUGCCUCGGUGCUGCGGCCGCACCCAUGCUUUCCAGGCCCCAGCCCUCCCUCUCCCUCUUCCCCCAUUCGACUUUGCUCUUAGGAACCUGGCCUGGGCCAGGGGCCUGGCCCUCAGCACUUUCAGCCACCCCACGUCUGAGGCCCUGCGGAUCGCUGGGAGGGAGGGGGCGGCAGGUCCCUGCCUCUCCCUGGCA